UGUUCAUGAUUCUUUUAGGAGUCAUUGUGCAGAUGGGACCUAAUCUCUAACAUAACCUAUAUCCUCAGUUUUGGCUAAUGUUUAUGCGGUUUUCGGGCGUGUGAUCGUUAUUGAAUCGUUUUUUAGGAUUGAAUUCAAAUUAAUUUCUAUUUUAUCUUAUGCAUUUAUUAAAAAAUGGAUGAAGAAAUCGUGUAUGUAGUGAAUAAUGAUGGUAGUUUGCAAGAAGUUACCGAAGAAACAUUAUUUGCUCUUCCUAUUCCAUCAGACAGUGAGGAUGAAGAUUUGGAUGAGAAUGAGCUACCUAUACCAGGUGUUGAGUGCUCUAAUAAAAGAGGAAAUGUAAAUAUUUGUGAUAUUGUGACAGAAACUGAUAUUAUAAAUAGUGAAUCACCAUCAUCAAUUGAUUUACCAGCACCAGGCAAUAGUGACACUUCUAAAAAGCAGCAACCAUCCACUUCUACUGCUAUUUCUACUACAGCUUCAAGCAUUCAGAUUCAGGCAUCUACUUCGAAAGGACUGGACAUUAUGAAAGAAACAAUGCCAUUGAACAAAUUUGAACAGGUGAGGAGAUUCCUUCAUUUCAGUAAUAAUUUAACCCCUGAUAAAAAAGAUAAAUUGUACAAAGUCAGGCCCGUUUUUGACAAUUUGGUUCAAAAAUUCAAAUCCAUUCCUUUGGAAGAGAACCUCAGCAUAGACGAGCAGAUGUGUGCCACUAAAGCCCGUCACCACCUCAAGGUUUAUAUGCCAGACAAGCCACACAAAUAUGGCUACAAAAUAUUUGUUCUGAGUGGAGUUUCGGGCUUUGCCUAUAAUCUGGAAGUUUAUACAGGCAAGGAUGAUAAUGUGCAAACGGAUGAUGAGCCUGAUCUUGGGGCAAGCAGUAAUGUAGUUGUUCGAUUGCUUCGAAUUGUUGAAAGUCAUCAAAACUAUAAAGUAUAUUUCGACAACUAUUAUACGUCUCUACCUCUUCUUGACUUCCUGAAGAAGCGUGGUAUAUUGUCACUAGGGACAGUGAGACGCAAUAGAGUGGUGAAUUGUAAGCUUCCAGAUGAAAAAGAAAUAAAAACGCUGAAAAGAGGAAGCAUUGUUGAAUAUGUUGGAGACUAUAAUGGAACUCAAAUUUCAAACUUGGUCUGGAAGGACAAUAAAGCAGUAACGAUGCUUUCCACAUUUUCUGGAACUGAACCAGUUACAAAAGUGAAAAGAUUCGAUCAAAAGGAGAAGAAGGAAAUUUCUGUUCCAUGUCCCAAUGUGAUUUCAAUUUAUAAUUCGCACAUGGGUGGAGUGGACCUCCUCGACAGCCUAAUAGGACGCUACAAGAUAAUUAUGAGGUCGAAAAAGUGGUACAUGAGACUCUUCUAUCACUUAUUGGACCUAUGUGUCAUUAACUCUUGGCUGUUGUACAAGCAAUCACGUGCUUUGAAAGUAUCCACUUGCAAGGAAUUAAAUUUGCCAGAAUUCCGACUUCAGGUAGGGGAGACAUUAUGCAAGAUUGACAGCAUCACAGAAAAAAAAGAGGAAGACCCUCACAAGAUAAUACUGAUCCACCUCAGAAGAGAAAAUUGA